AGGUCGAUCCCUUCCAUCGCAGAGAGCUUCCUCGGUUUCUACUCAAACCGGAGCCUACGUUAUGUGCGCAGUUGUGCCGUCGUGAGUCGAUUUUACGCGCACACCGUGUCCCUCCUUCUCUCCAUCCCCGCGCCCCGCCUGGUCACUGUGAAGAAUUACUUAUUUCUUUUUUUCGUCAGUUUUUUUUUAAAGAUUUUUUUUCCAGUCACAUGGGCUGUUUGGGUUCAGUGUGUGCUAUCGACACACACGGCACAGCGAGGGCUCAUUUGAUCAUGAUUUGAAGGCGGGAGGAAAAGCAAAUAAUAAAAAACAGGGACUCCGCAUCUUUCUCUGUCCAUCUCCUCCUCCGCUGCUGCUGCUGCUGCUGCGAGGCUUCGGAGGAUCAUGCAACACCUUAAGCCAUGGCGAGCUUUGCUGCUCCUGACCGCGCUGUGCCACCCGGGGAUCUCUGACAAAUACGGUUGCCUAUUUGAGAGACAACUGUGCACACGGGAUCAGUUCUGCUCAGAUGAUGGAUUGUUUGGUCAGUGUCGAACCUCUAAGCAGGACCAAGUUCAGUACCAGGUGUCGGUUCCUGUACUGAAGAGGAUGCAGGAAGUCCUCAAACAGCUCAUGCUACAAGGGCUGUCAUGGCAGGAUGACAUCACCCAGUACAUUUUGUCAAAGGAGCUGAAGCGAGUUCCCCACACCACCGUUCCCUCGAAGCCAAACUCUUCAUCCUUCUCUUCGCACUUGUCUCAGUCAAAACAGCACAUCCCUCAUCACCAAAGUUCUAAGUCACGGUCCGCAUCUCCUGGUGGCAAAUACGUGGACUACAUGAUAGUUGAGCCUCCUCAGUCCCCGCUACGCAUGCAAACAGCAUCUAUGGACCCAUACACAUAUCACCAGCACAGGUACCAAGAUGAUGUAGAGAGAUCUCUUCUGGGUGCAGGAGGCAGUUAUGCCCGCCCCUCUUCAAGGUCCCAGGCCAAUCAGAGAGAGCGAGAGCGUGACAGGCAGCUGCUGCAGGAGGCUCUGUCUCUCUAUCUGGCGUCUGCACAGCCGUCUUAUCGCCACCGAGGGGCUGCUUCCAUGACUCCUGCAGGUUUGCCCUAUUAUGAGGACUUAGAGUUGGAGAUACCAGUGGACUAUGUGGAAGACUACACCCUGGAGGAGAGACUUGGUACCACAGGCAGACAACAAACCCUGCAGAAUAAGAAAGUUCCCCAGGCUUUAAGUGCGCUGUCUGGAACCAACGAUGGUUUGCUCCAGAGGAUGUCAGGAGUCUUGCAGAAGUACAGAGUUGACCCCAGAGAGCUCAGUCAGGAGCAGCUCUACAAACUGGCCCUCAUACUGCAGCUGCUGCAGGCCCAAGACAAAGCAGAUCCAAUUGAGAAAGACCUCAUCACCCUCAAGGAGAUGCAGCUGUUAAAAACAGACAGCGUGUCCAACAAGCCGGAGAAGCCUGCUCCUGCUCCUGCUCCCAGCCCCCCCAAUGCCCCUCUUGCCCCCUCCUCUGCCUCAGUCCUGGCCACACCUCCAGCCAAGAGUGCCAACCUCCACCUGUCUGCUUCCCAGCCUCCACAGGCCGCUCCUGCUGAAGCUGGACAUGGCCUGAAGGAGCAGGGUCUGCCACUAGUCGAGGGUACAGGAGCCAAAGAGGAGUAUGGGUACAUUGUCACCAACCAGAGUCCUUUGAGUCUGUACGAUGGAGUGAAACUGUUGGAGCUGUUGGCUGAUAAAAUACACUUGGCAACUAGCAGCUUCAUCAACAUCAGCGUUGUUGGUCCUGCGUUGACUUUCCGUAUCCGGCAGAAUGAGCACAACAUGACGGCUGCAGAGGUAGCUGCUAAAGCUGUAACUGAAAAGAACUUCCUGGAGUCGGAGACAGGCCUGAAGAUCGUACAGACUGGUGUGGGAGAGAGGACAGAUGCACGGCGUCUCCCUCAGGUAACCAGGGUUUCCCAGGGCUCCAGUGGGACAGUGAUCACCCUUGUUUCCAUGGCAGUUGUUGGAGGCGUGCUGGUAUUGGCCAUGGCCGUUGCUUGUCUAAGGCAUUAUGCUCAGCAAGUGGCCAAUGGCAAGCUUGGCCUGGGGCCAGAGGGAGGAGCAGAAACACACUUUGACUACCAGGAGCUAUGUCGGCAGCACAUGGCAUCUAAAUCUUCCCUGUGCCGCCAGGACUGUGUGGGAGGGGUGAGCGGUGGCGUGGCGGGGUCCGCUGUAGGCACAGGUGCUGGUGGACGGAGGGGUACGGACACGUCCCGCGUCAGCAGCGUUUCCUCCCAGUUCAGCGACGGUCCACAGCACAGCCCGUCCUCCACCCACAGCUCCACCCCGUCCUGGAGUGAGGAACCAGCCCAGUCGAACAUGGACAUCUCUACUGGUCACAUGAUACUGACAUAUAUGGAGGAUCACCUGCGCAAUAAGGAUCGCCUUCAGAAGGAGUGGGAGGCUCUGUGCUCAUACCAGGCUGAACCCAGCUCAGUAGCUGUGGCUCAAGUCCCAAACAACAUGGACAAGAACAGACACGCUGAGUCCCUCCCCUAUGAUCACUCUCGAGUGAAGCUGAAGACUGAAGUGAACCCCAGUAAACAAGAUUACAUCAAUGCAAGCAUCAUUUUCGAUCAUGACCCUCGCCAACCAGCUUAUAUCGCUACACAGGGACCUCUGCCACACACUGUUGCUGAUUUCUGGCAGAUGGUGUGGGAGAAUGGCUGCACAGUGAUAGUGAUGAUGACAGCUCUGGUGGAGGACGGAGAGAAGCAGUGCGAACGAUAUUGGCCUGAUGAGGGUUCAUCGCUCUACCAUAUUUAUGAGGUGAACCUGGUGUCGGAGCACAUCUGGUGUAAGGACUUUCUGGUGCGCAGCUUCUACUUGAAAAAUGUUCAGACGCAGGAGACGAGAACCUUGACGCAGUUCCACCUGCUGAGCUGGCCGGCUGACGGCAUCCCCACCUCCACACGACCGCUGCUUGACUUCCGCAGGAAGGUGAAUAAAUGUUACAGAGGCCGAUCCUGUCCAAUUAUUGUGCACUGCAGCGAUGGCACUGGCAGGACCGGCACGUACAUCCUCAUCGACAUGGUGCUGAACCGCAUGGCUAAGGGCGUGAAGGAGAUUGACAUUGCCGCCACACUGGAGCACAUUAGAGACCAGAGACCAGGCCUGGUCCGCACCAAGGACCAGUUUGAGUUUGCUCUCACCGCGGUAGCCGAGGAGGUGAAUGCCAUCUUGAAAGCGUUGCCACAGUGAGACGCAGCAGCUGAAGGACACGCUGAUGAAACGCAGACAUACACAGAAAAACACACAGCCCGAAGGACACACGUAUGUCCAUUACUGUAAAUAAGAACUUGCUCGGCCACACCCGGAGCUGUUGCUGCUCCUGCUGUCAGACCUGCAGUAUUUUUCCAAUCCACUCAUUCUCUGGGUUUUUCAAACUUUUUCACUUUAUGAAAAGGGUAGUAAAUGGUUUUUGGCAGGAUGCAAAUAUGAAACAGGAGGUCAAAUUUCUACACCACCGUGGCAUCAAUUUGAUCUCUGUCUUUGCUCUCUAAAGUUAAUUACACAAGGAUCCGGCCAAAACAGGUGAAAUUACCAGAUUCAAAACCUUUGUGCCUGUGUGAACCCAGAUGAAACUGCAACACUAUUUGGCUGAAUAUCAAAGUGUGACAAUGUGUAUCUAUCUUACUGCCAUCUCAUUCAACUUUUGCCUUUCAGUGGACAUGAUUACCUCAAAUGAGCAAUCAGCACCGACAGAUGAUUUACCACAAACACUGAGGAUUUGUUUUGGCUGCUGUGAUAAACAUUACAAUUGGACCAAUGACAAAAUAGUGUUAAAUCCCCUUACAAACUUCACAUUUCUAUGACAUCCAUCUUACUGAAACUCAGUAAGGAUUUUCUCCAUUGUAACUCUCUGAAUGUGGUGUUUUGUGUCCAACAGAAUACUGUAUACUACUGUCUAGUGUGUGUUGAGUUCUGGCAAGUUUUUGUUUGUGAGGCUUGUUUUUGCCUUGAAAACAUGAUUGUUUGCUUUCAGCACUGCUCCUUUUGUAAUGGAUGCUGUACAUUGACCAUGAGGUACACAUCCCCGUCUCUUUUUCAUUCUGCAACCAAAGUAAUCUUGUUUUCUUUUGCUGUCUCACUCAAUGUACGGACUUGUGAUUAAUGUAAAUAAUUCACCCUGAUGAUUGUGUUUAUUUCAUGUAGCAGACGGACAGAAAAUAUCUAUAAAAAUGUAUUUUUGACUUGACCUAAAUAAAUUUGUGAUGUGAUGCAGCAGAAAACAAACAUAAAA